GUCAAUGUGAUUGAAUGUGAACAUUAUAACCAUGAGUGACUUUCAAGAAUAUCCAGAUGUAGUCCAGGAGGUUAGAGGUGCAUUGAAUCCUGGCAGAUUAAAAUUACAGAGCAACAGUGUCAUCUUUAAGAACAACAAAACUGGUAAGAUUGACCAAUACCCAGGGACUGAAGUGGACAAGGUUCACUGGUUAAAGAGAGCACGAGGGAACUGUCUGAAAUUUCUCCUGUCAAGUGGAACCAUUCACCGAUAUGAUGGCUUCAAGGAAGGGGAGUUUGAGAAACUUGCAGCUUUUAUUUCGAAGUAUUACAUGGUGAGUUUAGAGAAGAAAGACAUGUCAGUCAAAGGAUGGAACUGGGGACUCGCUAAUUUCACAGGAAAUGCCUUGGAGUUUGAGGUGGACAACAAGUUAGCCUUUGAGGUCCCCCUUAGCCACGUCUCUCACACCACCACGGCUAAACAGGAGGUGACUCUCGAGUUCCACCCCAAUGAUGACGCUGCAGUGUCCCUGAUGGAAUUAAGGUUCCACAUUCCACCAGAUCCAAAGGACACAGAGAAAGAUCUUGUACAGGAAUUUUACAACAAUGUUCUGGAGAAGGCAGAUAUCAUACAGGCCACAGGAGAUGCCCUUGCUGUGUUUACUGAGGUCCAAUGUCUCACUCCCAGAGGUCGAUAUGAUUUCAAAAUGUACGGCACAUUUCUACAACUCCACGGUAAAACCUUUGACUACAAGAUUCCCUACACAACUGUUUUACGAUUAUUUUUACUUCCACACAAAGAUGGCAGACAGAUGUUCUUCGUGAUAAGCUUGGAUCCACCCAUUAAGCAGGGACAGACAAGAUACCAUUUCUGUAUUCUGCUGUUCAACAUUGAUGAUGAAAUGUCAAUUGAACUAGGAAUAUCUGAUGAUGAUCUCAAAGAAAAAUAUGAAGGUAAAUUACAGAAAGAAAUGUCUGGUCCUGAGUACGAGGUGAUCAGUCGUGUGUUUAAGGCAGUAACGAACCGUAAAAUCACAGUUCCAGGAUCAUUCCUAAGUAACACAAAAUCACACUCCAUCAGCUGUUCCUACAAAGCAGCCACCGGGUUCUUGUAUCCUCUAGAGAGGGGUUUCAUAUUUGUUCACAAACCCCCAAUACACAUCCGCUUCGAUGAGGUUGUAACCGUAAACUUCGCUCGAAGUGCAGGAACAAACAGAUCAUUUGACUUUGAUGUGGAAACAAAGUCUGGGACCACCUACACAUUUGUUGGUAUAGAGAAAGAUGAGUAUGGAAAGUUGUAUGAUUUUGUGACCAGCAAAAAACUGAGAGUAAAAAAUAUCAAUGGCAAAGGGGAUAAGGCACCAUACAGGGAUGACAUGUCUGGUUCGGAUGAUGAAGAUGACCAUGACGCUUAUCUGGAGAGAAUGAAAGCAGAGGGCAAGGACAGACAAAGUGGAGAUGAAGACGAUGACAGUGAUAGUUCUGAUGAGUCCUACAAUCCCAAUGAAAGUGCCAGUGAUGUGGCUGAAGAAUAUGACAGUAAUCCUCCUACCUCCUCUGAGGAUUCCGAGGACUCGGAGGACCAGAGUAGUAGUGACGAAGGAGGAUCAGAUGAGGAGGCCAAGGAACAGAGACGCAAAGAAAAAGAGGAAAAGAAGGCCAAAGCUAAGGAGAAAAAGAAGUCACGUACAGCAAAAACUGUGAGAGAAAAACUGCCAGGUUCAGAGAAGAAGAAAAAGAAAUCAAAAUCAAAGAAGGACCCUAAUGCUCCCAAGAGGCCUCAGUCUGCCUACUUACUGUGGUUCAAUGCUAGCAGAGAGGAGAUGAAGAAAGAUAACCCAGAACUAAGCAUCACAGAUCUGAGUAAAAAGGCUGGAGAAUUGUGGAAAGAACUGGAGGAUAAAACAGAAUGGAAUGAGAAGGCUGCCGAAGCAAAGAAAGAGUACGAAAAAGCCAUGGAGGAAUACAGAGCAGAAAAGGCUCAGGCCUCGGAAGAGGAGGAUGGGGAAUUGUCGAAGGAUGGGAAAUCUCCAAAGAAGAGAAAGAGUCCAAAGAAGAGCCCUAGUAAAUCGGCUUCAGAGAGCCGAGCGGGGGCUGGAGCUAAUUAUAAGAGCAAGGAGUACAUUUCCAGCUCAGGCGAAUCAUCAGGAUCUGAUAGCGAUGACAAACCACUCAAAAAGAAAACCAAGAAGGAUGAAGGCACAAAGGAAAAGAAGAAAAAGAAGGGGAAAGAAGAACCGAAAACAAGGAAGUCCAGGCGACAGAACAAAGGAGGAAGUGAGAGUGAGAGCAGUGUGGGGGAGCUUCCAGAGGAUGAAGAAAUCUUAGAUUCACCAUCUGUAUCGGAAAAAUCUGAAUCAGAGUCAGACUGAUGGACAUGAGCUGAAGACAGAAAAGUUGAAUUUAACAUUACAAUGUACAUUCUAAUAACAUGGACCCAAAGCUCAUACUUAGAGAUGAAGAAACCAUUGGAAUUUGUUAUGUAAAACUACUGCAGUGAAUAAGUACUGAUUUUUGCUGUUGUACCUGACAUAAUUGUGACAGGAUGUAAAAUGGAGAAGUUUGUGAGAAGAAAAACAGAUUAUUUAUGAUAUAAAAUGUACAUAAAGGACCAAGUAAAAUAUGCUUGUUGAUAAAAAUUUCAAUGUUUAAGUGCUUUGGCUUUUUGUGAACAAAUUGUGCAGAAACAUUUUGUUGUCAAAAGGUGUCUGAAUAAAAAAAUGAAAAAGUGUCGAA